GGCUGUGUAGUCUGUGCAGCAGUGAGAAAGGAAUUCCUACCCAAUUUCUUCUGCCUCCCACCUCAGUGACUGCAAGGCGAAGUGCUGCGCGCUAUCCAAAUGAAAGUUGUCUAGCUGCUUAGUCCUACUCGGGUACCCGUUCCUUGAGCAGACAUUCGUUUAUUUCUUUCAUUUUUUUUAACUUCGUGGAAAGCAUGCAAAAGAUUGUUUCGUUCCGUGUGUCCCAGAUUUGCUGCUAAAGUGUCGCAGCAUUAUCAGAUUCUCCCGCACGAAUCCUGCUGGACGGACGGGGCAUAAUCAGCAGUAGUGACAUGUCGUUGUUAUUGUUGUGCCUGUUGCGUUAGAGUUUCCCUUUCUCGCUUUCUCACUCUCUGUCUGUGCAGUGUGUCUCGCCCAGUGUCCCACUCUUCCUGUUGUGUGUGCUUUGGUGCGCGCGUGUUUAUUGCUGUCCUGUAGCUCCGGCGCACACGUAAAACGGUAGUAUACGUUCCAGCUACCCGAGAUAAGACCACUAAGCAAGGCUCAUAUUUUCAUAAACAAUAUAUAUGCUGACCGUGUAAGACAUCAUAGCAGGCUAAGGGGAGGAGGAAGGCUACAUGAUUGCCAGUGAAGAGUAAAAGAGUUCCAAUUCUUUUGAUUCGUUUCUUUGGUUUGUCCUUUAUCGUUGCUGAAACCGAGCUGUGUGGCAACGGCUCUGCGUUCUGUGAAGCCUGGACACGGUGUAUCGCUACCUCGAUGCGGCCAUCAUAAACCGUGUGUACUGCCUGCAAAACCGGUCGGAGUUAGUAGAGUAGCGAUAGUAGUGUUGUAGUACUGGUAGGAACAAUCGGACCACGGUACAACGCCCAACCGAGCGGUCCCAGUGGCGUUUUGAAGGACAGUUUGUGGCAUAAAAUAUCCCUAGGAGCGGUGAAAAGCGUACGGACGAUAGGGCGGGCGAGAGGAUUGCAAAGAAACGGUGCCAAAGCAUCAAAGGAUAGGCAUAAUUUAGUUGCCUUGAGAGAAGAAGGGUGUAGUACUCGUAAGGACACGAAUUGGGCGCCAGUAUGCCUCUGUUCGGCAAAAAGGAUUCCGGCAAAAAGGUGCGCAAGGACGUGAAGGAUGGGUGUGAAAAGCUGCCGAGCAUCGACGACAAGUACGUCAUCAAGGAGCUGCUCGGGACGGGCGCAUUCUCGGAGGUGCGGCUGUGCGAGCACAAGGAGUCCGGUCAACAGUACGCGGUGAAGAUCAUCGACAAGAAGGCGCUCAAGGGCAAAGAAGAUUCGCUCGAGAACGAGAUACGCGUGCUGAAGCGCUUCAGUGCCGUACGGAGCGAUGGGAGCGGUGUGCACAGCACCGGGCCGCCCCUCGUUGGUGGGCCCCGCUUCGCCCAUCCGAACAUCGUGCAGCUGCUCGAAACAUUCGAGGACAAAUCGAAGGUCUACCUUAUCAUGGAGCUGGUGACUGGCGGUGAGCUGUUCGAUCGGAUCGUCGAGAAGGGCUCGUACACGGAGCGGGAUGCAUCGAACCUGAUCCGGCAGGUGCUGGAGGCGGUCGACUAUAUGCACGAGCAGGGCGUCGUGCACCGGGACCUCAAGCCGGAGAAUCUGCUCUACUACAGCCCGGCGGAGGACAGCAAGAUCAUGAUCAGCGACUUCGGCCUAUCGAAGAUGGAGGACUCGGGCUUCAUGGCGACGGCGUGCGGUACACCCGGGUACGUCGCACCGGAGGUGCUCGCCCAGAAGCCGUACGGCAAGGCGGUGGACGUGUGGAGUAUAGGUGUCAUCUCGUACAUCCUGCUGUGCGGCUACCCGCCGUUCUACGACGAGAACGACGCCAACCUGUUCGCCCAGAUACUGAAGGGCGAGUUCGAGUUUGACUCGCCGUACUGGGACGAGAUCAGCGACUCGGCCAAGGAUUUCAUCCGGCAGCUGAUGUGCGUGAACGUGGAGCGACGGUUUAGCUGCAAGCAGGCACUGGCGCAUCCGUGGAUUUCGGGCAACGCGGCCAGCAGCAAGAACAUUCAUGGUACCGUUUCCGAGCAGCUUAAGAAGAAUUUCGCCAAAUCGCGCUGGAAACAGGCCUACCAUGCGGCCACCGUCAUACGUCAGAUGCAACGAAUGGCCCUCAGCAGCGGGGGCAGCGGCACUGGGGGUAGUGCAUAUGGGCGUAGUGCGUCGCGGAUAAGCAACGCACCCUCCGCCGACGGUGGAACGGGCACCAACGCCGAGCACGAACAUCAGCAACCAGGGCAAACAGAUACUACUGCCUCUAGCAGUAAAUAAAAACAGAAAAAGACGCAUGCAACUAGCCCCCAUAUCCCAUUGGCCCACAACAAAAGUUCAACGUGGGGAGAGGAAUGGGAGUGUAUGAGCGUACCGAGCGAGCGCCGGUCGGUUCCGUUUAUGCUAAUUUUAUGGCACAUUCUGACGAAGCAGCAGUUCCUCCUACUGUAUUGGUUUGUAACUAACUUUAUAUUUUGUUAGAUGUUUGCAGUACUCCUAACUUUAUUUUUACCUCUCGGAAUGUUUUACAGUGCCCCUAUGCACUGACUGGUACGUAACCACUGACACAUUGUAGCCUACGGUGGUACUUCAAUCGUCAACCUAUGCUUUGCUUGGAAAAGGAAAUAAUGUCGGAUAAUACGCCCUCGAAAUGCACUAUUGUGUUCGACACAACUUGAGCAGUCCGUGUUCUUCUGUUUGUGAGAGUGGAAAACAAAAACGCUUCCGCUCAAACGACUCUUGGAGUCUUUGCAGACCACCGACCCCUCCCGGGACUGUAGCAGUUCCGUUCUGCGAUGGCAAGGGCAAAGUUUUGUACCACCGGUUGAAAACACACUGAA